AUUUAAUUUUUGUUCUUGGUUUGGAGGUUAGAAAACGUCGUACGAUAUAAAUUUAUCUAAUUCAAAAUAUCUUAAUUUUUUCUAAUAUUACUGUUUCGAAGUACAUAAAAGUGUACAAUAAAGUGACAAUGGCGGACGCUCCACUUGAAGUUUCCAAGGAGAAAAAAGCACCUAUGACUAAUGAAGAACGAGUUGCACUAAGUCAGAAGUUAGACCAGGACUUAGAUGAUUUUAUAAACAGCAUGGAGAGAAAAAAAUACACUGAUGGCUGGUCGGAAGAUACGUGGGAGGAAGAAAUGGAUAAGCAUCCAUUCUUUAUGAAGUCCACACCUGAUGGUGAGAUGUCUCCGCUUGCUGAGGGUCUGGCAAAGCUCAAAUAUGACCCAGAAGAGAACACUCCUUUAGAACUAGCCACUAAUUACAAGGAAGAUGGAAAUUUCAAUUUCAAGCAUAAGAACUACAGACUAGCCAUUUUAGGGUACACAGAAGGUAUUAAACAGAAAUGCAAUGAUUCUGAAAUAAACGCCAGCUUGUACAAUAACAGAGCAGCAGCUCAUUGGCAAUUAAAAAACUAUCGGUCAGCCUUAUAUGAUAGCGAGAAGGCUUUAUCUUUCAACCCGGACCAUGCUAAAGCAAGAUUGCGAGCUAUAAAAGCAGCUACAGAAAUUGCUAAAUAUGACACAUGCAUUCAACAUUGUGAAAAGUUACUAGAAAGUCAACCUAACAAUAAGGAAAUUAUAGAUCUAUUAAAUAGUGCGAAAAAGAAAAAAGUUAUGCAACAACGUGACCAAAGAAAGAAAGAUCGUACAAAUGAAAAGGCUGAGGAGCAAAGAGAUGCGGUCAUUAAAGCUAUAAAAGACCGUAAGAUAAGGGUUCGGAAAUGCGAUGAGGAGAACGACAUUGAUCUGUCUAAACUAGACCCAAACUUGCCAGGAGCGGCCGAUGCUGUUGUCCAUAUCAAAGAUGGAUUAUUAUGUUGGUCGGUAUUGUUUUUAUAUCCAGAGUAUCAGACGACUGAUCUUGUUAAAGGAUGUCCCGAAAAUGUGCCAUUGAUGAGUCAGUUAGAGCAAGUGUUACCUGCGCCAUGGGAUAGAGAGAAUAAAUACAGAUGUGACACUGUAAAUGUUUAUUACGAAGGCUACGAUCAAUUGCCUCAUCUUGUUGAUCUAAAUAUGAAAUUGGGAGAUAUACUGGUGUCAGAAUGUUACGAAUUGAAAGCAGGGACUCUGCCCUUUGUUGUUGUGCCACGUGGAAGUCCAAGCGAAAGAAGAUUUUUAGGCAGUUACACUAAACUCGACAAAUAAAUUUCGCCAAUAAAUUUUGCUGAAUUUAACCGUUUUUAAAAUAUCUUCAUAAUGCUGAAUUAUACCUAUAUCCAAUAAUAAUAAUAAUAGACACCUGAUUGCAUGUGUUGGCAGCGAUACAUAAAUCUUUUAAUGGUUUUAUUCGCGGUUUUGUUACUUUUUGUAAACUUUUUCUUGUGAAUAAAACAAAAUAAAAAAACCGUCAA